AUGGACGCACGCAACAUCGCAGCCCCGCGGCGUCGCAACGAGCCCGCAACGGCCGUGGUAGCGGCCGCGACGCUCACCGUCGACGACAUCAAGGUCGAGACGCCCAGCGACGCGCAGUCGAGCGCGUGCGCGGCGUGGCCGAUCUGGACGUGCGAGCCGAGCGAGUUCCCCUGGUACUACGACCAGAACGAGCAGUGCUUGAUCCUCGAGGGCGAGGCCAUCGUGACGCCGGACGGGGGCAGCGAGUCGGUCACGAUCGGCGUGGGCAACUUGGUGACGUUCCCGCAGGGCAUGGGCUGCACGUGGAAGGUCACGAAGGCCAUCAAGAAGCACUACAACUUCUACUGA